CGGCUCCCCGCACAGCCAGCCACGAGUCUCCCCACCCGCAGGUCACAUUUCAUUGCUCUGUGAAAGUGUCCACUCUUGUCUGGGAAUUCACACAAGGUCAGUUUCUUACCUGAAGAAGACAUCAGUGUUCUCUUGGAUCAACUACUCUCAUGUCAUUGCAAAAAGAUGACGAUGUUUAAUGUCUUUAUAUUCACAUCCUUCUGUCAUUUGCUGAACGCCUUUAGUAUCACUGUUCCCAAGGACCUGUAUGUAGUUGAAUAUGGCAGCAAUGUGACAAUCGAAUGCAAAUUCCCAGUAGAAAAACAACUAGACUUGGGUUCAUUAGUUGUCUACUGGGGAAAGGAGGAUGAGGAAAUUAUUCAGUUUGUGCAUGGGAAAGAAGACCUGAAGGUUCAGCACAGUAGCUACAGGCAGAGGGCCUGGCUAUUGAAAGACCAGCUCUACCAGGGAAAUGCUGUCCUUCAGAUCACCAAUGUGAAAUUGCAGGAUGCUGGGGUUUACUGCUGCAUGAUCAGCUAUGGUGGUGCAGACUACAAGUGGAUUACCUUGAAAGUCAAUGCACCAUACCGCGAGAUAAGCCAAAGAAUUUCUAUGGAUCCGGUUACCUCGGAAUAUGAACUAACAUGUCAGGCUGAGGGCUACCCUGAGGCCGAAGUCAUCUGGACGAGCAGUGACCACCAAAUCCUGAGUGCUAAAACCACCAUCACCAAAUCCCAGAGGGAAGAGAAGUUUUUCAAUGUGACCAGCACACUGAGAAUCAACACAACAGCUAAUGAGAUUUUCUACUGUACUUUUAAGAGAUUAAGUUUCACAGAAAACAAUACCGCUGAAUUGGUCAUCCCAGAACCAUCUACAUUACUUCAAAGGAAUCACUUUGUGAAGCUGGGAGCUGUACUGUUUUGCUUUGGUGCAGCAUUGACAAUCCUGUUCUGCUUAAGAAAAAAUGUGAGAAUGCUAGAUGUGGAGAAUGGUGGCAUCCAAGAUAUAAACUCAAGGAAGCAAAAUGAUACACAGUUUGAAGAGACGUAACCAGCAUUGAAAAUUACAUUUUUCAAGCAGGGAUUCUUGGCCUGUUGUUUGGGAGUUCAUGGAUGAAAGGGCCCAUGGGAUGCUGCUGAUGAUGUUGGAAUUAAAAGGCCCAAAUAUUGAAAAUGGAACCUGGGGAAAGAAGAGGAGAACAAAGAAAGAUGGGAGUAGAAAGGGGAGCCUGGAAGGAAACCUGGGCACUUCAACAUAAGCUGAGAGACUUGUUGGUGCAUGUAAAAGGGACAAAGAACACUUCUGAAUGAGGCGUCUCCAAGCAAACCAUCCAUCACUCAUGCUAGGAAAGUGGGUUGAGGAUCCCUGAUUUCAUGGAUGUUCUUGCAGAAGUGCCCUUUGCCUCUCCUUGUCUUCUCCACCUCCUCGUGUUGCAACAGUGUUGAAGAAUGAGUUGUUUCUAUUUAUUUCCAGUCUGAGGGGUCUUGUCAUAUGACUGUGGUUAUGAAUGAUUUCUUUUGAAGACAUACUAUAGAAGAAGUUAAAAUUUUGUCACCAAACUCUAUACUUAACUGCUUGUUUGUGUUCAGUGAAACAUCUAGAUACUAGUAUUCUCUGUAACUGACAUUAAAAAUUGGAAGCAUAGAAAAUAAGCCAUUGGUUUGUAUAGGAUUUGACCUUAUAUAACUUAUUGAUACUUUGUUUGA